AUGAAUCAACAACAAAUAAUAACCAAACUAAAGUCAUGUAAAAUUUCAACAUUAAAUGAUAUAGCAAUAUUAUGUGGAUCUCCAAUAUUAGGACCAACAAAAUCAAAAAGAAUUGAAGGUAUAAUUUCACAAUAUAAUUUAUUUCAAAAUCAAUUUCUUAAUAAUGUUGGUCCCACCAAGAAACAAUCUAUAUUAUCUAUUGAUAUAGGUAUAAAAAAUUUUUCAUAUUGUAAAUCAUAUACCUCAUCAAAUUUUAAUUGGCCAAUAGAAAUAAAUAAAUGGGAUAAAUUAAAUUUAAAUGAAAAAUAUGGUAUAAAUUAUGUACCUGUCUUGAAUCCCAGUACAAUAAUAGAUCAAAAAAGAUAUUUAAAUUUUAUAACAAACUCACUAAUAGAUGAUUUAAAACCAAAUUUAUCAAAAAUUAAAAUUAUUGAAAUUCAAAGAACAAGAUCAAAUAAUAAUUCAAAAACAUUACCAAUAAUAAUGCAAAAUUCGAUAUUUGAAAAUUUACUAUUGUUGAAAAUAUAUCCUGAAUUUUGCUUUUUAGUAACAAGUUUUAAAAUGAUUCAUUUUUGGAUUUAUAGAUUUAUUUCAAAAACAAGUGAAAAAAAUUUAAAAAAGAAUAAUAAAAUUAUAAGAAAAGAAUUUAUAUUUUCGGUUUUCAAUAAAUUAUUUAAAAUUCCUGGAUAUACUGAGUCUAAAUUAGAUUCAAAAAAAUUACUAGAGCACUUGAAAUUACAAAAAAAUGAAAAAAUUGAUGAUUUAAUUGAUUCAUUACUUUAUAAUCUAUUAAUUAAUUGUCAAUUAAAUAAUUUAUAUGAAUUUAAUAAUAUAAUAAAUAAUAAUAAUGAAAAUGAUAAUGGAGAUUUAAUUGAAUUUAUUGAAUUAAGAAAUAAAUUUCAUAUUGAUUUAAUUAAACCUUUAAUUGAAAAGUAUGAGUUGGAAUUAAAAAUAUAA